AUGGACAAAGCAACCUUGGAAGCUAUUUUAAAAGCACAAAAUGAUUGGAUGGCACAGAUUUUGGAGGCUCAGAAAUCAUGGAUGGAGACAAACACGCGGGGCACAAUUGUGGGCAGUUCAGGUAUGUCAGUUGUUCAGCCUUUUCCGGCUUACAAAAAAGAUGAAAACUGGAAAACCUACUUGAAGCAGUUGGAGCAACAUUUCGAGGCGUGUGGAGUUUCAGAGGAUAAACAAAAGCGCGCAUUUUUCCUUUCUUGGAUUGGAAGUGAUAACUUUGAAACUCUUCAGAAGCUCUAUGGGGGAGAAGACUUAUCUACAAAGUCGUUCAAAGAGCUAACGGAGAAGCUUAGUGAGCAUCUCGUGUCCAAAAUUCAUGUUCUAGCUGCCAGAUAUCAAUUUCACAAAACUUCGAUGAAGCCAGGGCAAACGUAUGCCGAUUGGGUUGCUGAUCUUCGAGGUGUGGCACGCAACUGUAAGUUUUCUUGUCCAAAAGAAACGUGUUCAGAAUCGUACGUAGAUAACAUGAUUCGUGACAUCAUUGUUCUCUAUACUCCGCAUGACACUGUUCGAACGCAAGCUUUACAAAAGAUUGACCCAGAGUUAAAAGAUGUGUUGGAUAUAGCCACUGCAUACGAGACAACACAAAAAACAUUUUCGGCGAUCAAAGAGAACAAUAAUGAGAUGGAGGUAAAUGCAUUAUCGACCUCAAAGGGAUGUUCUCAGUCGCGCACACAAUCCGAUUCAGCGAGAAAAUCUUGUCCCAGCUGUUUUGUGAAUCAUCAGAGAAGCGAUUGUCGUCACAAUAAAACUGUUUGCCAUAAAUGCAAAAAAAUUGGGCAUAUAGCAGCUGUUUGUUUGAUGAGUGUGAACGAUGGGAAUGCUAGUACGGUAAAUUCAAAACGAAACAAAAAGCACAAGUCAAACAGAAGAGACAAAAUAAAAUCAAGCGGUAAAUAUACAGCUAAUUCAAUUGAACAAAUUCAUUUUAGUGAAGUCGUUGCGUCACAUGAAUGUGCGAUGGUGAAAGCUGAAUCAAGGCCGUGGAUUAUGGUGGAUGUCGUUGUCAAUGGGUGCCCGAUGAGAUUCCAGGUUGACACGGGGGCAUCUUGUUCGCUAGUUGGAUUAGAAGGAUUCCAGAAAUUGGGGCAACCAAAGUGCUGUGCUACAACCAAGUCUCUCCAAGCAUAUGGUGGAACACCACUAAGGUUAAAAGGAGAACUGGCUGUGCAGGUGACAUACGAAAAUUCCACACAUAAUAUGAAUUUGCUCGUAGUUGAUGGCUCUGGUGCGAACAUAUUGGGACUAGAUUGGUUUAAAGCUUUCAGCUUAAAGGUUCAACACUCUAUUUUACAAAUUAAAUCUAAUGAUUUUCUUCUCAACAGCAUUGAGACGUUAUGCAAGAAGUACGGCAGACUUUUUUCAUCGGGGCUAGGCAAGUGCACAUCCUUUCAAGCUCACUUGGAAUUGAAGGAGGGUGCAGUGCCAAAGUUUGUACGUCAUCGUCAAAUUCCCUAUGCUCUCUUAGAUGGAACGAAAAAAGAACUAGAUCGCUUGGUGGCCGAGGGAAUUUUGUCCUGGGUUCAGCGCACUCAAUGGGCCGCACCGGUGGUGAUCGUCGAAAAGGCUAAUGGUGGGAUACGGAUUUGUGGCGAUUUUAAAACAACGGUGAAUCCACAAAUCGUAUGCAAUCGUCAUCCACUUCCUCGACCACGAGAUUUAUUUCACAAGCUUCGUGGAGGAAAAGUAUUCAGUAAAAUCGAUCUAUCGGAAGCUUAUCUUCAGAUUGAACUGGACGAAUCUUCGAGAGAUUAUGUGGUGAUCAACACACCUUUUGGUCUCUUACGGUUCAAUCGGUUGCCGUACGGGAUAAGCAGCGCACCAGGCGAGUUCCAAGGUGUAAUGGAACAAAUCUUUGCGGACCUGCCUGUGGGUAUUUAUAUUGAUGAUAUAGUCAUCGCUGGCACAUCGGAAGAGGAGCAUCUGCAAAUUUUGGAAGAAGUUCUAAAGAGAUUGGAAGCAAAUGGAUUUCGAUGCAACAAGCGUAAGUGUACGUUCGCAGCAGCAGAACUUGAAUACCUGGGACACACGCUCAAUUCGAAUGGCAUACGUCCCUCCGAAAAACACUUGGACGCUCUUCGUUACCUACCUCGACCAACGAAUGUGAAAGAAUUGGAAGCAGUUAUUGGUAAAUUGAAUUACUAUAACCAAUUUAUUUCGAACUUUUCGCAGGUGGCAGGUCCAUUAAAUUCACUUCGUGCCAAAGGAGUUAAAUUUGUGUGGUCUGAGCAACAACAAAUAGCGUUUGAGAGUUUGAAGGACAGCAUCCUAAAAGCAACUCGGCUGGCGCAUUUUGAUGUGUCUCUCCCCAUUAUUUUGGCAACAGAUGCCUCAAGUUAUGGCAUUGGCGCAGUCAUUUCCCAUCGGUUUCCAGAUGGUUCGGAGCGGCCAAUUGCAUUUGCCUCCAAGACUUUGGACUGCCAUCAGAAACUCUAUAGUCAAAUAGAGAAGGAGGCGUUGUCGAUUAUUUUCGGUGUCAAAAAAUUUCAUUGUUACCUGUAUGGCCGUAUUUUCGAGCUCCAGACGGAUCACAAGCCUCUAACGGCGAUAUUCAACCCGAGUAAGCAGAUUCCCGAAAUGACUAUGCGACGUCUUCGGAACUGGGCUUAUAUUUUGAUGGCUUACAGAUACCAAAUAAAGUAUCGACCUACAGCGAAACAUGCCAACGCAGACGCUUUGUCACGACUUCCAAUUGGGCCAGAUGUGUCUUUCGACGAACAAGAUAAUAAUUUGCAUAAAGUAAACACUUUAAUUCUGGAAGAUUUAGACACAACUUCAAUAAAUGCAACAGUCAUUGGAAAUCUUACUAAGAAUGAUAAAUUGUUAAAUAAAGUUUCUUCGUACAUCAAGAAAGGGUGGCCGGUUAAACUGGCGAGCAACGAAAAGGAGCUGAAACCAUUUUUCGAACGUAAGUUAGCUCUUUCUUUAUUUAAUAACGUGAUUCUCUUGACUUCAGAUUAUGAUCGUGUCAUUAUUCCGGAAGCUCUGCAGUCCAGAGCAUUGAAAUAUAUUCAUGAAGGUCAUUGGGGCUGUUCACGUAUGAAGCAGUUAGCAAGGCGGUAUAUCUGGUUUCCAGAUAUGGACAAGCAGAUCGAGAAAUUGGUAGCUAACUGCGUCAUAUGCCAAACAUCAGCAUCUAAUCCGAAAAAAGAAUACGUGAAUUGGCAACCAGCAGAAAAUCCUUGGGAAAGGAUCCAUUUGGAUUUUGCGGGUCCAUUCUUCAAUAAAAUGUGGCUGAUUUGCGUGGAUUCUUUUUCCAAGUUUCCAUUCGUGGUAUCACUUUCGUCGGUGACUUCUGAGUCUACAAUAAGAGCUUUACAGAUGAUUUUCGCCAUUGAAGGACUUCCAAAGACGAUAGUGACGGACAAUGGUACGCAAUUCACCGCUCAGGUUUUUGAAGAAUUUUGCCACUACCAUUCCAUACAACAUUGGAGAACAGCACCAUUUCAUCCUGCUUCUAACGGUCAGGCCGAAAGGUUCGUGCGAACAUUUAAAGAAGCGUUUAAGAAGAUUUUCGAAGAGGAGAAGAAUACUGAUGUUGCAGUCAACGUGUUUCUCUCGACAUAUAGAGCAACACCGAAUCCUAUUUCACAAAAGUCUCCAGCGGAGCUGUUGCACGGACGACAACAUAGGAACCUGCUUUCGUGUUUUCUACCGAACCAACAUAAAAUGUCUUUUUCAAGACAAAAACCCAAAUUCCAACCAAAUCAAAAAGUUCUAGCCAGACAAUACAGGAAGUCUAAGAAGUGGUGCAAUGGAGUUAUUACUAGCGUGUUGGGUAGUAACAUGUAUGGUAUCCAAACUGAUCGAGGAUACAUAAGGCGUCAUCAAAACCAAUUACGGUUAUUGAAGCAUCAACCUGAAGCAGACUCGACUUUCAUUGGAAGUUCAGAAACUUCACCAAGUUCUAAACAAGAUUCAAUGGAAGGUAAUGUUAAUUUAAAUAACCAUGAAUUUUCUUCAUCUUUUAGACAAAACAAUGAUGAUAGUUCAUCUGAAAAUAUGGAAAUUGAACCGAAGCAGGAAUUAUUUGAACAAGUCACACAACCAACUUCAGAAGUGCACCAGCCCGCUUCCAAUCAUGCGGAUAUGGAUUCACCAGCUGGUCCACUCGAACUAAGAAGAUCCAAACGACCUAAAAAGGCUCCUGUACGGUUCCCUCAAGGAUGCUAA